AUGUAUAAAAUUGACAACUUAAAUUUAGAGAAUUUUGAGAAUAUUGUAAUAUAAUUUCCAAGUAAUUAAUUACACUAAGCUUAAACUGUAUGGAAAUAAUUAAACUAAAAAUAUCCAAAUAAAAGAUUUAUUAUAUCUGGUGAUCCCUUGCAUUCCUCAUGUUGUGUAAAUGUAAUUGGUGCUCGUCAUAUCAAAUAUGACUUAAUAAUUCAUUUUGGAGAAGCAUGUUUUUCAGAAGAUCACUCAGAUAAAAUCAUUUAUGUAUUACCUCAUUUUGAAUAUGAUUCAAUAUAAUUAAUCAAUUCAAUAGAAUCAAUUGAAUAAUCAUCUUGGGUUUUAUUUGAUUAAAAAUAUGAUCAUAUCUAAAUAGAUUAAAGCAAACAUAUGUUCUUAUCAUUUUAAGGAAAAGUAUAUUAGAAACAAGCCUAACAUAUUGCAUGUGGUUAUUAUGCAUUAGAAUUGAGAAAAUAAUUAAUUUUUAUAGGAUCUGAAGAGAGUGAAUUGCUUUAAAGAUUUAUAUUACAUUUUGAAUAUGGAUAGAUAGAAAAAUGUUAUAUUAUUGAUCCAAUUACAUUUUAACAUAAAAUAUAUGAAAUCAACUAAAUGCCUCUUAUAAUAAAAAGAACAAAAUAAGUUGAAGAUGCAUCAUAAUGUAAUUGCUUUGGAAUUCUAAUUAAUAAUUCAACUGCUAAAUAUACAAAAAAUGCAUAUAAAGCUUGCAAAUAGAUCUUAAAAAAGAAUAACAAAAAAUAUUUUACAUUUUCAAUGAACAGUCUUAAUGAGGCUAAACUUGGCAAUUUUCCUGAGAUUGAAGCUUAUAUAAUAAUAAGUUGUUACAGAAAUUCAAUUAUUGAUACUAAAACAUAUUAUAAAUUAAUAAUAACUCCGUUUUAAUUAGUAUAAGCUUUCUCUGAUGUUAGAUAUUUAGUGUAAAGUGAUUUAAGUUUAUUUCAAUAAGAGUAAAUUAUAGAAGAGGAGGAUUAAAUAAUUUAAAUGGAAGAGACGAAUAAAAAUGUAUAAUGUACUGCACUUUUGGCUUAAAAUAAUGAAAAUUAGUUGAUAGCAUUAGAUAAAAUAUUCUAAACUUUAGAUUUUUAUAAGACUAGAUAAUAUUAAGGAUUAUAAAUUAGAUAAAACAUUGAGCCAGCUGAUUUAGAGAUUGGAUUAAAUGGUAUUGCAAGUUGUUAUGAAAAGGAAGGAAGUAAAUGA